UUCCCUUCCUAACCCAAAUUUUGCCUGAGCUAAGCUGAGAGCAUCAGAAGGAUUUGGAAGAAACGUUUACCUACUGGAAAUGUCAUCGGAGACGGCGAGUAAUUUACCGGCGGCAGACGUCACCGGCCUGAAUUUCAAGGAAACAGAGCUGACGUUAGCUUUACCCGGAGAUUCUCGACUUGCUGAGACCUCAUCGAAGAACAACAAUAGUAAAAGAGCAUUCUCUGAAACCGUGGAUCUGAAUCUCGGUAACUCAAGCAGAGAUCAAUCGGAAACCGAUCCUUCCGGUGCCGGAAAACCACCGGCUGAGAAGGCACAGGUGGUUGGGUGGCCGCCGGUGAGAUCGUUUAGGAAGAACGUAUUGAAAAGCUGCACAUACGUAAAGGUGGCUGUCGAUGGAGCUCCUUAUCUACGUAAGAUAGAUUUGGAGUUGUAUUCAAGCUAUGAUCAGCUCUUGAAUGCUUUGGAAAAGAUGUUCACUUGCUUCACAAUCCGUAAUUAUGAGAAUGAGAAGAAGCUUAUGGAUCCUGUUAAUGGAACUGAAUAUGUUCCAACUUAUGAAGAUAAAGAUGGAGAUUGGAUGCUAGUUGGAGAUGUUCCUUGGAAAAUGUUCAUCACUUCAUGCAAGAGGAUUCGAUUGAUGAAAAGUUCAGAGGCAAUUAGAUUAGCACCAAGAACACCAUCGAAAUGCACAAGCACGAGCUAGGGAGAAAAGAAGAAGCCCAUGGACGACUCCUUUGGUUGAUAAGAAGUUAAAGAACACCAUUGUACAGAGACUUUAUAUUAACACCACCCCACCCCCCCCCCUUGUGUUUGAUCUUAUUUUCUUGGGGAGUUUUGAUCAUCUAAUUGGAGUAGUAGAGAGAGAAAUAAGAGAGAUCUGCCCUUUUAAAUCAUACUGUUUAAAUUACUGGUGCAGUUACUAUAGUCCUCGGCUUUUUUUCAGUUUGAAAAUCUAAUGAUAUACUUCUGAUACUCAAGAAUUUUAUUUCUUUUUAGUUGAUUAAAUAUGACAUCAGUCAGAAGAGGCUUCAUUUUUUUUA